ACAGCCGAGCGCCGAGUGUCAGCUGACUGCGACAGUCCGUCCUUCAAUGGAUCGUUUCUGAUUUGUUUCGAUAGUCAGACGGAAAAAUCCGAUUUAUCCCCUUGAUCGACUGGUAGGUGAACGCGGACAUGCCGUCGCUUCUGUUCUGCGGGCCGAAGAUGGCCGCCUGCGGGAUGGUGAUCAGCAUCUGGGGGGUCAUCAUGCUGGCCAUGUUGGGGAUUUUCUUCAGCGCCAAGUCGGCCGUCCUCAUCGAAGACGUCCCGUUCACUGAGGAGGACAUCCGCAACGAUAAGAACCCGCCUCAGAACAUCUACUCGCUCUACAACCAGGUGGGCAUCAACUGCUUCAUCGCCGCCGGCGUCUACGUGGCGGUGGGCGCCGUCUCCCUCUGCCAGGUGCGCCUCAACAAGCGCCAGGAGUACAUGGUGACAUAGAGAGGAGGGCGCCGGCCUGACCUCCGACCCCUGACGACCGUUCACCACCAGACCUGCGGCCUCGGCCCUGAUUGGUCCCACAUCACCCAGGGGGCGGAGUCAGGCUCUACCUGGAUAUUUAUUACCUGUUAAUUGUGUUUACUGUUGUUGGAUGAAGUGUUGCAUCGUUGCUCCUGUUGAAAGAGACCAAACGUUCCAGAUUUCUGUCCCAGGCUGACGAGGAGACGUCGUCCCUGAAGAGUUGUGCUGGUGUUCACACCCUGCUGCUGGACGCCCUUACAAUAAAGUGUGGAUGUGA